CCAGUCUGUCCCGGUUUUGGCCGACUCUCUCUACGCUCCGUGUCUCUCUUUAAGAGGCGAAGGGAAGUAAUCGAUAAAAACGAGUUUCCUCUGAUUUCAGUUUGAACCUGUCUCCAUUCCCCUGCAAUAAAAUCCAUUCUCUUAUUCAAUUGUGGAAUUCUCUUUUGCCGGAUUUGAGGAUUUAUGUGAUGUAUGUGUUUACAGUGGUCUUUUCAGAAUCAAUAUAACACACGGACGAACCCCACAGCAGCGCGUGUUCGGGGUUAGCAGGAGCACACCGGCGUUUCAUCAUCGCCGCUGUAAAUUUACACAGUGUGGGUGGUGUGUAGAGCUCCUCUCUCUGACGUUUGGUCAGUUUGUUUUCGAUAUAAACUGUGUGCUCUUCGCGGCCAGGUUAGGCCUAGGCAAACCAAGUGUCCGGGCGGAUAUUUCUUACAUUGGAGUUUUAUUCAAACGACAUGAUAUUAUAAUACAAGGAGAUCGUUAUUAAAACGUGAGACAGUGGUGGACGUGCGCAGAUUGUAACCCAGGGCCCUAACACACAACUUGAAUUCAAGUGACGAGUUGGGAAGCGUAAGCCCCACCGCAGGACCUGCUUGAUUUGUACUGCCUUCCUCGUCGGUGCUUUAAUCGUCGGGGUUGGCCUUGCAGCUGGGCUUGCCAUGGGCCUAAGGAAAGACAGUGAAAAUAACAGUGCAACAAAAACUCCAGUCUAUAAGUCUUCGACCCAAACUUACAAGUACGCUGCAGUCGUAGCUGAUUCGAAAGUCAGCUCAGACAUUGGCAAUGAUAUAUUAGGUAGGAAAAGAGGAAAUGCUAUAGAUGCUACAGUAGCAGCAUUAUUGGCCACUGGCGUUUUAAGUGCUCACAGUGCUGGCAUUGGAGGCGGUUCAUUUUUUGUUAUAUACCACAAGGAGCAUGGUUGGCACUCUGUGGAUAGUCGGGAGACUGCACCCGCUGCAGCUACCACAGAUAUGUACCUGCCACCAGAGGAUAGAACAAAGUCUAUGUAUGGUGGCAUGGCCAUAGCGGUGCCUGGGGAAGUCAAAGGUUUAUAUGAGGUGCAUAAAAAGUUUGGUAAAGUGGCAUGGAAAGAUGUUGUUAUGCCAACUGUUAAACUUUGCCAAGAUGGUGUACCAUUAACUAGAGCUCUACAUCAUGCACUUAGUAGACUCCAGUCAGAUGAAGAUAAGAACAAAUUUUUACCAUACUUUGACCACAAUAGAAAUGUAAAACCUAUUGGAAGUCUGAUAAAAUUACCAAAACUUGCCAAAACAUUCCAAGCCAUUGCUGACAACCCACUGUCUUUCUACAAUGGCAGUUUAGCCAGUGAUAUUGUAGCUGAUAUUAAAGAUGCAGGUGGAAUUAUAGAGCUGAAAGAUCUGGAAAGCUACUCAUUGAAAUGGGACAAACCAACUGAGAUGCAUUUGCCUGGAGAUAUAUGUGUGUAUUCUGUCCCUCCACCUGGAAGUGGACCUGUCCUCAGUUAUAUUCUCAGUAUACUUAGUGGAUAUAAAUUUAGCCCUGAAAGUAUUUCAACUGAUGAAGAAUCAAUACUCACUCACCAUAGGAUCAUUGAGGCUAUGAAAUUUGCUUAUGGAAAACGCACAGAACUUGGUGAUUCAAAUUUUGUUGAUGUGAAAAAGGAUGUUGAAAACAUGACUUCAUUGGCUUAUGGUGAGGCCAUUAGGCAGCUUAUAGAUGAUAAAGAAACUCAUGAAACCAAUUAUUAUAAGCCGUCCUUCUAUAACAACAAUGAUGAAGGAACAGCCCAUAUAUCUGUGGUAGAUGCUGAGGGAAAUGCUGUUUCAGUCACAAGCACUAUUAACACUUACUUUGGUAGCAGAGUGAGAGGAAAUAGAACAGGUAUAAUUUUUAACAAUGAAAUGGAUGACUUUUCUACACCAAACACUGCCAAUUAUUUUGGGCUUCCAGCAUCAGAGGCUAAUUUUAUCCGUCCUGGUAAGAGACCAAUGUCAUCAAUGUGUCCGGCCAUAGUUUGGGAUGAAAAAGCCAAGAAAGUUAGAUUGGUUACAGGGGCAGCAGGCGGCAGCAAAAUCACUACUUCCACAGCAUUGAAUAUAAUGGACGUCCUCUGGUUUGGCAUGUCAUUACCUGCUUCAAUAGACAGACCGAGACUGCACCAUCAACUUAUGCCUCCAGAAUUGGUUGUGGAGAAAGAUUAUCCAGAGACAAUACUAAAUGGGCUUAGAGCUAAAGGUCAUGUGACAAAAAAUAUGGUUGGAUAUUCUGUGGUCCAGGCAGCUGAUGUUUUGGAGAAUGGUAUUGUGGGUACUGCUGACUUUCGCAAAGGAGGAGAGCCUAGUGGAUUCUAGCAGUGUCAUUUAGAUUAAUUUAUUAAGACUAGUUUGUGUAAAUGAAAUGUCCACGUUCGUGAUUGGCAAACGUUAGAUUUUUUUAAAUAAAUAUAUUCUAUUCUAUAUAUUGCUAACAAUAAUUGCUUAGUGUUUAAACUUGUUUUUUUUUUUUUUGUUUUUUUUAAACUUGAAAAAUCAUUGGUCAUUUUAGUGCAACAUCAGUGAAAGAAUUAGAUACUAUCAAUAGGCUGUCACUCCCUAACAUUACACUUACAUAAACUAGCCUGCUGUUUUGUUAUGUACAUAUCACCCUUGUUGUCAAUGUUACCAUUUUUUUAAUGUUAUUUUUUGUAUUAAAUACAACACUAGGCUUAAAUUAAUGUUGAUUAACAAUUUUUUUAUACAAUGCAAAGUACUUCAAUUAAUUCCUAGUCACCUUAUCUUAGUGUUGCUUGGAACAUACAAGUUUUUGAUUAAUGCUGGGAAUAACCACAAGUAAAAGUGGCGCUGAUUCAGGCAUGAAAUAAGUUAAGGAUAAACUGAAUCUCUUAGAUAUUGACCAAAUCAGCAAAAUUAAAAUCUUCCCAUAUUUCAUUAAUUGCUAAUUAGGUUUAACUGAUACAAUUGCUCAAACUUUGUAAAAAAAAUAAUUAAAUGUGCAUAUUAAAAUCAGAAAAAUGUAAUGAGUGAAUCUUGAAAGAAUUGUAUUGGGAAUUGUAAUGUAAUUAACAUCAGUUAAGUCUUUUACUCUCAACUUGUGUGUACAUCCCAUGUUCUAAGGUUUCUUUCAAGCACAUGCAGUUAUUUGCCUUUGACUAGAAGGGUUUUUUCUUUUAAAUGUACCCUUUCACACUGAGCAGAACCAAUCAUUGGCCAUUCCUAUUUUACGUGGUUAACUUUAGGUAAUGUGCCAGAAUUUUUCCAGAGAUGUAACUUAACUUUUUUUAAAGAAAUCCUAUUUCUUCAACGAAGGUUUUGAACUGUGAAAUUUAAAACAAAUAAGUUUUCAACAAUAUAAUUUCCCUAGAACGUGAAAACUCCACCUUGAUAAAACUGAAAAUACUGUAGGUUAUCAAUUACAUUAUUUCUUUUUAAUGAAUCUUUACAUUAUCUGUAGGCAAAAUACAUUGUGCAUGCUUUUUAAUGGAAAGUUUUUGUCUUGUGACUGGCCUAUGUUUACAAAUUUCAUAACUUAAACCAGUUAUGGUCUAGAGGUGGUCAUAUUGCAAAUCAUAUUCUUUUCUGUAUUUUAAAAAAAAAAGUUAAGGAUGAAAGUAUUUUCCUUCUGUCGAUUAAGAUUUCUAAAGGCACAAUUUUCUAUAGCAUUCCAUGGUUGUUUUACCCUUAGUUGAAUUGUUUCCUAGCAGAUUACUAACACUCCAUAGACUGUUUUGUUUCUUGCUUAUCGCCAAGCUUGUGACACUGGUUGAAUACAUUUUAAUUUAAUAAAUAUAAAAUAUAGUUGUAAGCCUAGUAUGUUACAUGUGAUAACAUCCAGGUGGCCCCAGACAUUCUUUAGACAUGGAACUUGCUCAAAUUAUUUAUUGCCCUUUUUUAACACAAAUUAAACAGUUGUUGCUAACAUACACUUAGUCUACUUUAUCAGCUUAUGGAGAAAUAUGCUGAUGUAUUUACUAAUUAAAAUUGAGGAUUCCCACUUUAAAAAUUGCUGUUUGCAACAACAUUAAUGAUGAGUUAAAAUGUGCAUUUUAAAAUGGAAGAAAUGGUCAGCUUAAUAAUGGUGACAUCUUGUGUUACUAGUGUCUAUGAUCUGAAGUAUUAUCUUUGCUAUUUUUUUUUAUUUAUUGUGUAAAUAUGUACAUUUAUACCAUGACCUGUCUUUUACAUGCAUAGACAUUUGACACUUGAAUUUUAGCGUUAAAUGCCCCUUCUCAGGAAAGCUAAAGAUGACCUUCUUCAGUACUAUACAAACUUGAGGUACCAAAGUUAUGGUUUUCUAUUUAUGUUCAAGGUUCAAAGGUUGCUUGUCCAGUGAUGAAUCCAAAGUGCAAUAUUUGAUAUUAGUGAAUGGUUGCACAGUCGAGCAUGAGAUGAACUCAUCUUUACUGGGUUCAUGGGACAGUUUUUCUUCCACUUUAACUAUAUUUUAAACAUUCUAAAUUUAAAACCAAUUUCUUACCAACACAUUUGAUCAAUUUUGAGGUUAUGCUUUUAAUGUAUUUUUUUUUUAUAUAAAUAGUUUUGUUUACAAUUCCUGCACCAUCUGAAGUAUGUCAUUUUAAAAUAAAGUUUGCCAGUUAUUUUUAAUGAGUAACCUAACUAGACCAGUAGCUAAUGUUUAUCUCAAUGAAACAACUCAUUUACUGCAAUCUCUUAUGACUAGGUAGUUAGAGUCACUUUAAUCCUCCAAAAAGUCAUAAUUUGGUGAUGUGUCGCAAAGAUAUUUCCUACGUGUUGGUCUGAAAAUCAGUCGUGACAAGUCAUAAAUUGGUGAUGUGUCACGAAGAUAUUUCCUACGUGUUGAUCUGGAAAUCAGUUGUGAGCAUCUGAGAUGCAUUUCAUUUCUUGUACAAACCUUCAAUUUUUAAUGUACAUUUAGAUAUGAGUACUACUUUUAAUGUGCUUGUAUUAAACUGAAUUUUAAAGUAC